CUCCCUGCCCUUCGCCUGCUCCUCCCUCGGCUUCCACGCUCCCCACUAGCCGGGAGCCCGGAGCCCGCAGCCCGGCUUCUGCUUCCCGGUGCCGAGAACUGAGCCCCGCUGGCUGCGCAGGCUGAUACUGGUUGGGAUCCAACCAUGGAGAAAGUUCAUGGGCAUGUCGCUGCCCACCCAGACAUCCUCUCCUUGGAGAACCAGUGCCUGGCCAUACUUCCUGACCUGAAGACUAUGGAGAAACCACACCGGCAUAAUGCUACCCACCCAGACAUCCUCUCCUUGGAGAACCGGUGCCUGGCCACACUUCCUGACUUGAAGACUAUGGAGAAAUUGCACGGGCAUGUGGCUGCCCACCCAGACAUCCUCUCCUUGGAGAACCGGUGCCUGGCCACACUCCCCACUCUAAAGAGCUCUGGGUCUGCCAGCCCCUUGCUCCAGAGUCUACAGACAUCUCAUCUGGGGCAAGCUGAUCUAAGCAGCCUGAACGCUAGCAAGCACCUGCUCUCUGAGCCUCCAGUCUGGAGGACUCAGAGCCUCUCUGAAGGACUAGGCCUUUGGACCUACCCCAGGGCCUUGAAAUCCCUAUCUACCACAGACAGAGCUCAGGAAAAAGCUUUGGGUCACUGGUCCUCUGCAGAAGAGAAAAGGCCAGAAGAGAAGGAAUGGGCAGAGGAUCAAAUGCCUUCUUACAGUCUAAGCUUGGGAGAGGAGGAGGAGGUGGAGGAACUGGCCCUGAAGCUUACACCUGGGGGCUCUGAAUCCUGUUCUGAGCCUACUGAUCCAGCCCUUCAGGAAAAGAAGAUGGCUCUAAUGAGCUUGCUGUGCUCCACUCUGGCUUCAGAUGUGAACACAAAAGUUGAAGCUCAUUCUACCCAGGCUUUCCUCCUUAAAGUCUGUAGUGAACUUGCCCCCUUGGAGCCUGAGUUUAUCCUCAAGGCUUCACUGUACGCUAGGCAGCAGCUGAACCUCCGGGAUUUGGCCAACAAAGUCUUGGCCAUUGCUGCCUUCUUGCCAGUCUGCCGCCCCCACCUUCGAAGAUAUUUCUGUGCCAUUGUGCAGCUGCCUUCUGAUUGGAUCCAGGUAGCUGAAUUCUACCAGAGCCUGGCUGAAGGAGAGGAAAGCAGGCUGGCACCCCUGCCUGCCUGCCUCCGUGCUGCGAUGACUGACAAAUUUGCUCAGUUUGAUGACUACCAGCUGGCUAAGUACAAUCCUCGGAAGCACCGGGCCAAGAGUCAUUCCCGCCAGAGCCCCCGGCCCCCAAAGACAGAGCUUCCAUUUUCUGAGACACAGCAGUAUUUGCCAAGGGGCCUUCAGUUUCUUAAAGACAAACAGAAGGAGUUUGAGGCAACCUAUAGUGCAGUACCAGAGAAAAAGACUCAGCCGAGGUUCACCCUGAAGAAGUUGGUACAGCGACUGCAUAUCCAGGAGCCUGCUCAGCAUGUCCAUGCCCUGCUGGGCUACAGAUACCCCUCCAAUCUACAGGCGUUUUCUCAAAGUCGCCUCCCAGGGCCAUGGGAGUCUAGCAGAGCAGGGAAGCGGAUGAAGCUCUCUCAGCCACAGACCUGGGAGCGGGAGCUGAGCUUGCAGGGGAACAAAGCCUGCGUCUGGGAGGAGCUCAUCGACAACGGGAAGCUUCCCUUCAUGGCCAUGCUUCGGAACCUGUGCAACCUGCUGCGGGUUGGAAUCAGUGCCCGCCACCACAAGCUUGUACUCCAGAGACUCCAGCAUGCGAAGUCAGUGAUCCACAGUCGGCAGUUUCCAUUCAGAUUCCUUAACGCCCAUGAUUCUAUCAACAACCUUGAAGCUCAAGUCAAAAAUAGAGCAUUGCCAUUUCCUUCCAACACAAAACUGGUGAGUCGGAUAAUGAUUAGAAACUCAAAAAAUGUCAAGAGGCGUAGCUGUGGGAGGCAGCCUUGGAACCCAAGUCGUCGUGAACUUCGGGCAGCAAUGAUGAUGCCUGUGAUGUACGAGCAGCUCAAGCGGGAGAAACUGAAAAUACACAAGGCCAGACAGUGGAAAUAUGAUGGUGAGCUGCUGGCUCAAUAUCGACAGGCCCUGGAGGCAGCUAUGGACCUCUCAGUGAAGCACAGCCUGCCCCCAUUGCCAGGCCGCACCCUCUUGGUCUACCUGACAGAUGCUGAUGCAGACAAACUCUGUCCCAAGAGCAACCCACAAGGGCCCCCACUGAACUAUGUGCUGCUAUUGAUUGGAAUGAUGAUUGCACGCGCAGAGCAGGUGGAUCUCGUACUAUGCGGAAAGGGUGCUCUGAAGACCACUGUGCUGAAGACAGAAGAAGGCAUCCUGGAGACUGCCAUCAAACUCCAGGCUCAAGUCCAGGAAUUGAAUGAAAAGAAUGAAUGGUCUUUGUGUACUUUUGGGAAGUAUCUGCUGUCUCUGGCUGCACAAAGGGUCCCUGUGGACAGGGUCAUCCUCUUUGGCCAAACUAUGACUGACAAGCUGAUAAAUGAGGCCAAACAGCUCUUCUGGCGGCACGUGAAUUCCAGGUGCCUCUUUGUUGGUGUUCUCCUAAGAAGGAACUAUUAUAUAUUACCAGAUUUGAAUCCCAAUGAUGUGACACUCUCAGGCUGCACUGACGGGAUACUGAAGUUCAUUGCAGAGCGUGGGGCCUCCCAUCUUCUAGAACAUGUGGGCCAAAUGGACAAAAUAUUCAAGAUUCCACCACCCCCAGGAAAGAGAGGGGUUCUGUGUCUUCGGCCACUGGAAGAGAAUAUGCCAAGCUCCAUGGCUCCUAUGUCCCAGCCUGGGUGGCGCAGCAUCCGGCUUUUUAUUUCCUCCACUUUCCGAGACAUGCACGGGGAGCGGGACCUGCUGCUGAGGUCCGUGCUGCCGGCAUUGCAAGCCCGAGUGGCCCCCCACCACAUCAGUCUUCAUGCCAUCGACCUGCGCUGGGGCAUCACUGAGGAGGAGACCCGUAGAAACAGACAACUGGAAGUGUGUCUAGGGGAGGUGGAGAACUCACAGCUGUUCGUGGGGAUUCUGGGCUCCCGCUAUGGCUAUGUGCCCCCCAACUACAACCUCCCUGACCAUCCUCACUUCCACUGGGCCCGACAGUACCCAGCAGGCCGCUCGGUGACAGAGAUGGAGGUGAUGCAGUUCCUGAACCGGGGCCUCCACCGGCGGCCCUCUGCCCAGGCCCUCAUCUACUUCCGGGAUUCUGGCUUCCUCAGCUCUGUGCCAGAUGCCUGGAAAGCUGACUUUACCUCCGAGUCUGAAGAGGCUGCACAUCGGAUCUCAGAACUGAAGAGCUACUUGAGCAGACAGAAAGGGAUUACCUGUCGCAGGUACCACUGUGAGUGGGGUGGCGUGGCAGCCGGCCGGCCCUUUGCUGGGGGACUGGAGGAGUUCAGGCAGUUGUUUCUGCAAGAUGUGUGGCAUAUGAUCCAGAAGCUUUACCUACAGCCCGGGGCCCAGCUGGAGCAGCCAGUGUCCAUCCCCGAUGAUGACUUGGUCCAGGCCACAUUUCAGCAGCUGCAGAAACCACCGAGUCCUGCCCGACCAUGCCUUCUUCAGGACACAGUGCAGCAGCUAAUGCUGCACCAAGGGAGGCUGAGCCUAGUGACCGGGCAGUCGGGACAGGGCAAGACUGCCUUCCUGGCAUCCCUUGUGUCAGCUCUACAGGCUCCCAGUGGGGCCAAGGUGGCCCCCUUAGUCUUCUUCCACUUUUCAGGGGCCCGCCCUGACCAGAGUCUUGCCCUUACGCUGCUCAGACGCCUCUGUGCCUAUCUAUGUAGCCAGCUGCGAGAGCCACAUGCCCUCCCCAACACCUACCGAGGCCUGGUGUGGGAGCUGCAGCAGACUCUGCUGCCCAAGUCUGCUUGCUCCCUGCAAACUGGCCAGACGCUGGUGCUGAUCAUCGAUGGGGCUGACACGUUGGUGGGCCAGCACGGGCAGCUGAUCUCAGACUGGAUUCCAGUGACCCUUCCCAGGCGGGUGCAUCUGGUGCUAAGCAUGUCUACUGACUCGAGCCUAGGGGAGACCCUUGAGCAGAGCCAAGGGGCCCACGUGGUGGCCCUGGGGCCUCUGGAGCCUUCUGCCCGGGCCCGGCUGGUGAGAGAGGAGCUGGCUCUGUAUGGGAAGCGGCUGGACGAGUCACCUUUUAACAACCAGAUGCGGCUGCUGCUGGUGAAGCGGGGGUCUGCCCUGCCACUCUACCUGCGCUUGGUCACCGAUCACCUGAGGCUCUUCACACUCUAUGAGCAGGUGUCUGAGACACUCCAGACCCUGCCUGCCACUGUUCCCCUGCUUCUCCAGCACAUCCUGGGCACCCUAGAGCAAGAGCAUGGCCCUGAUGUCCUCCUCCAAGCCUUGGCCACCCUUGAGGUCACACGUGGCGGGCUGACUGUGGACCAGCUGCAUGGAGUGCUCAGCGCAUGGCGGAUACUUCCCAGGGGGACCAACACCUGGAAAGAAGCAGUGGCUGCUGGAAACAGCAGGGACCCCUACCCCAUGGGUGCAUUCGCCUACCUGGUCCAGAGUCUACGCAGUUUGCUAGGGGAGGGCCCCCUGGAGCGCCCUGGUGCCCGGCUCUGUCUCCGUGAUGGGCCCCUGAGAACAGCAGCUAAAUGUCGGUGUGGAAGGAGGCCAGGGCUGGAGAAGACAGCACACCUCCUUGUCGCAGCUCAGCUCUGGAAGACGUGUGAUUCUGAUGCCUCAGGUACCUUCCGAAACUGUCCUCCUGAGGCCCUGGGAGACCUGCCUUACCAUCUGCUCCAGAGUGGAAACCAUGACCUCCUUGCAAAGUUCCUCACCAAUCUUCAUGUGGUGGCCGCACACCUGGAACUGGGACUUGUCCCUCAGCUCCUAGAGGCCCAUGCCCUCUAUGCUGCCUCAGUCUCUGAAGAGGAACAAAAGCUACCUGAGACUGACCUUGCUGUAUUUCACACCUUCUUGAAGCAGCAGGCUCCAAUCCUCAGCCAGUACCCCCUACUCCUGCACCAGCAGGCAGCCAACCAGCCUCCUGACUCACCCCUUUGCCACCAGGCCCCCCAGCUCUCCCCGCGAUGGCAUCACCAGCACAUCCUGCGGUGGCUAAAUAAACCCCACACCACGGGGGGCCAGCAAAGCUCCAGCCUGUUUCUGGCAGUUUUCUCAUCCCCCACAGCGGUGGCCUUCUCCCCCAGUGGGCACAGAGCUGCUGUGGGCACUGCUAAUGGGAUGGUUUACCUGUUGGAUCUGAGAACCUGGCAGGAGGAGAAGUCUGUGGUGAGCGGCUGUGAUGGGGUCUCCUCCUGCUCGUUCCUCUCAGACAAUGCCCUCUUUCUUACUGCCUUUGAUGGACUCCUGGAGCUCUGGGACCUGCAGCAUGCUUGUCGGGUGCUGCAGACUAGGGCUCACCGGUUCCAAAUCACUGGCUGCUGUCUGAGCCCAGACCAACGGCUGCUGGCCACUGUGUGCCUGGGGGGAUGCCUCAAGCUGUGGGACACAGUCCGCGGGCAGCUGACCUUCCAGCACACCUGUCCCAAGCCCCUGAACUGCGUUGCUUUCCACCCAGAGGGGCAGGUAAUAGCCAUCGGCAGCUGGGCUGACAGUUUCAGCUUCUACCAAGUGGACGGGCUCAAAGUCGCCAAGGAAUUGGGAGCCCCAGGAGCUUCUGUCCGUACCUUGGCCUUUAAUGUGCCUGGACGGGUUGUGGCGGUGGGCCGGCUGGACGGGGUGGUGGAGCUAUGGGCCUGGCAAGAGGGCGUGCGACUGGCUGCCUUCCCUGCCCACCACGGCACUGUUGCUGCAGCCCUUUUCCUGCAUGCUGGCUGCCAAUUACUGACAGCAGGAGAGGAUGGCAAGGUUCAGGUGUGGUCUGGGUCUCUGGGUCAGCCCCGCGGGUGCCGAGGUUCCCUUCCUCUUUCUCCUGCCCUCUCUGUGGCUGUCAGCCCGGAUGGUGAUCGGGUGGCUGUCGGGUACCGAGCAGAUGGCAUCAGGAUCUAUAAAAUCUCUUCAGGUUCCCAGGGGGCUCAGUGUCAGGCAGUGGGAGUGGCAGUGUCUGCCCUGGCCUGGCUGAGCCCUGAUGUGUUGGUGAGCGGCACAGAGGAUGGGUCCCUGCAGGGCUGGCUGCUCCAGGAAAGCUCCCUUCAGGCUCUCUGGCACCUGUCCAGAUACCAGAAGCCCGUGCUGGGACUGGCCACCUCCCAGGAACUCCUGGCUUCUGCCUCAGAGGAUUUCAUGGUGCGGCUGUGGCCAAGGCAGUUGCUGACAUUGCCACAAAAGGCAGAAGGCUUUCCCUGUGGCUCUGAGCUCAAGGGACAUGUGGGCCCUGUAAGCUGCUGCAGCUUCAGCUCUGAUGGAAGCAGCCUGGCCACUGGGGGCAGGGACCGGAAUCUCUUCUGCUGGGAUGUGAGGACACCCAAAACCCCUGUUCUGAUUUGCUCCUUCCCUGCCUGCCACCGUGACUGGGUCACUGGCUGUGCCUGGACCAAAGACCACUUAGUGAUCUCCUGCUCCAGUGAUGGCUCUGUGGGGCUGUGGGACCCAGAGACGAGACAGCAGCGUGGUCGGUUCCUGGGCCAUGAGAGGGCCGUGAGCGCCGUGGUGGCCAUGGAAGAGCACGUGGUGUCUGUGGGCCGAGAUGGGACCUUGAAAGUGUGGGACCAUCAGGGUGUGGAGCUGACCAGCAUCCCUGCUCACUCAGGACCCAUCAGCCACUGUGCAGCUGCCCGGGGGCCCCCGGCAGCUGGCCAGCCUGGGUCAGAGCUUCUGGUGGUGACCGUGGGUCUAGAUGGGACCACACGGCUGUGGAAUCCACUCUUGGUGUUUCACACACAUACCCUCCUGGGACACAGUGGCCCAGUCAGUGCAGCUGCUGUUUCAGAAACCUCAGGCCUCCUGCUGACCGCUUCAGAGGAUGGUUCCAUACGCCUCUGGCAGGUACCUAAGGAAGCAGGUGACACAUAUGUACCCACGAGUUCCACAGCCAUCACUGCUGUGGCCUGGGCCCCAGAUGGUUCUGUGGCAGUGACUGGGAAUCAAGCUGGGGAGCUGACCUUGUGGCAGGAAGCCAAGGCUGUGGCCACAGCACAGGCUGCAGGCCGCAUCAGUGCUGUGAUCUGGUACUCAGCAGGCACCCUGAUUGUUCUCAGUGCUGAUGAAAAAGUCAGUGAAUGGCAAGUGGAACUGCAGAAGAGCUCAACAUCCAGAAAUAUCAGUCUUCACCUGAGCCAAGUUCUGCAGGAGGACUUAGGGUUCCUGACAGGUGUGGGCCUGGCCCCGGAUGGUCACUCCCUCAUCUUGGCCACAGCAGAUUUGCAAUUACUGCACAUGAAGCCAGGGGAUGCUCCCUCUGAAAUCUGGAGAAGCUAUGAUGAAGACCCUGUGAUGCUGUCCACCCACCAGGACUAUGGUGUUUUUGCCCUGCAGCCAAUGGGCCUUGGAAUUCUUUCUUUCUUAAGGCAAAAGGAAUCAGGAGAGUAUGAAGAGAGCCUGAACUUUCAUCUGAACCUAGAUAAUCCUAGUGGGCGCCUAAUAUCAAUAACUCAAGCCAAACCUGAAUCUGAGUCCUCGUUUUUGUGUGCCAGUGAGGAUGGGAUGCUAUGGAAACUAGCCAAAUGCACCCGUGAAGGAGAAUGGACCACAGAUAACAUCUGGCAGAAACACAUAAAAAUGCCUGAAACCAAAACUGCAGGGACAGACCCAUCUAUAGAUACUGAUGUGGAUAGCUGGUCACCAGACCUUCUAAAGACACGGCAGUGUACAAAGAUUCACUUGGGUGCUGUCACGGCCCUCCAUGUGCUGCCUGAGUUGCUGGUGACAGCUUCAAAAGACAGAGAUGUUAAGCUGUGGGAGAGACACAGUAUGCAGCUGCUAGGCCUGUUCCAAUGCGAGGGGGCAGUGAGCUGCUUGGAACCCUGGCUGGGUCCUAACGCUACCCUGAAGCUUGCAGUGGGAGACACACAAGGCAAGGUGUACUUUCUGUCCUGGGAAUGAAGAUGCACUGCUCAGGGGUUCAAUUUCUACUCACCAUGUAGCCUGUGAUGGGUGCUUCAGGUGGAGCAACUCGAAGCCCAUGGCUCAGGAUUCCCACCCAGUUACUCAGCCUGGAACCAUGCCAUAAC